CUCCUCUGACCCUGUGACUGAAAAUAAUCCGAUCAGCUGAUCUGUCCUGGCAACGGUACAACGUAGCUACUGAAAUCUGCACGGGAGGGGGGUUGAAGAACAAAACAAUGACACUGCUCGGAAGGAUUCCCACUCAGUAACACUUGUAAAGUUGUGUUUUAUCCAAGCGACGUGGCGCGGACGUCCCUCUUGACCGCGUAGAAGUAGCCGGCGGAUAAGCUAGCUUGUUUUGAACAUCGGAGCAGUUGUUGUUUUUGUUGAUGUGUUGUUCCAGCUGACAGCCCGGAGGCUAGCUGCUGCUCGCUAGGACAACUAGAAAGAAGGGCUCGGGCUUUGGUGGCUCGUUCGGAGGAGCUGGAAGAGUUCGUCGACAGUAGCUAGCUUGUAAAGUUAACAAUUCCUGGAUGCCAAGUCAUAAAAACCGCAAUUCUCUCGCGAGCUUUUUGACAACAAUUUAGCUAGCUAGCUUGUUAGCAUCAUAUUUACUCACAUACCCUUCAGGGAAACCGUUAUUUUAUUGGUUGGUGCUGCCUUUUUAUUUAUUAAACGUUUACUUAUCAUGUAAUAUUUCACGUUUUACCGCACUCAAAAGCCGAAGAACAUUAUUUUUUGCUAGUGUUAUUUAGUUGAUAGGUGUUUUUGUUUCUUUUACAUAACCAGGUAAUAAAUUAGUAUUCAAAUAUUAUGCUUCAAACACAUAUUUAAUACUUUAGUGCUAAAAUAGCUAACUUCCAGCUGUUUUAAGGUGUUUUGUUAGCUUUUAUUACUGCACAUUGACCCAUUUGUAUCAAUAUAUUAGGGAAAAAAGGAUUAUAGGUAGUAAAGCUGAUCAAGUAAGCAAUAGUCUUUGCUCAAGUUCAACUUGAAACAAUGAGCGGCCAUGGCUCAUCCUCUGAAAAAGGAGUUAAUACUAAUCUGAUAUGUCAGGAAAGUUAUUCUUGUGGCGGCUCUGAGGAGGCUGCGUUUGAAUGUGAUGACUGCCGGAGCCUCCAAUGCGUCCGCUGCGAAGCGGAGCUCCACAAGCAGGAGUGCUUCCGGAGCCACGAGCGGGUUCAGAUAAGUCCUGGCCACGUCCCCUACUGUGACAACUGUAAGGGGGGUAACGGGGAUGGUGGCAAGCGCCACAGGUCGGUGGUCCGCUGCCAGAAUUGCAAAGUGAAUUUAUGCCAAGACUGUCAGAAGCGCACUCAUAGUGGGAGCAGCAAAAAGAAACACCAGCUCAUAUCGUAUCCCCCACCACCCAAACCUCCAGAGGGAAGCUCCAUUCAAUCAUCGGCUCCAGCGACGGUUCAAAUCCCUGAUGAGGCCAAAUCUGAGAAAGCAAAACUUCUGGAGAAGGUGUCCAGCUUUCUUCUGGUUGAUGAGAAUGAGGAAAUGCAGAUAAAAGACGAAGCUUCAUUCGUGAAGAGACUCAACUGCAAUCCUGACCACCUGCUGAAAGUGGUCUCCAUCUUUGGAAACACCGGGGAGGGCAAAUCCCACACCCUGAACCACACCUUUUUCAUGGGCAGAGAAGUCUUUAAGACCUCCCCCACGCAGGAGUCCUGCACCGUGGGCGUGUGGGCGGCGUUCGACCCCAUCCACAGAGUGGUGGUCAUCGACACGGAGGGACUGCUUGGGAACAACUCCAAACAGGGCCAGAGGACGCGCCUCUUACUCAAGGUGCUGGCCGUUUCGGACCUGAUCAUCUACCGCACCCACGCUGACCGUCUCCACGACGACCUGUUCAAGUUCCUGGGCGACGCCUCCGAUGCGUACCUGAAGCAUUUCACCAAGGAACUCAAAGCCACGACAGCUCGCUGCGGUCUGGACGUCCCGCUAUCCACUUUGGGUCCUGCAGUCGUCAUCUUCCAUGAAACUGUUCACACUAAGCUGCUUGGUUCAGAAAAGUCCUCAGAGUCGGUAGACCGGAUGCUGUUGGAUCGUUUUAGAAAGCUUUCUCGAUAUCCUGAAGCCUUCAGCUCUGUCCAGUACCUGGGCACCCAGACGCUCAGCCCUCCCACAGACUUCCGUGGCCUCCAGAUGAAACUGGAGCUGCUCCUGGAUAACAAUGCCACCCGCUCCCCACGCACCCCCGUGGUCAUCUUCAAGGCUCUGCAGGCGCUGAGCGACCGCUUCAAUGGGGAAAUUGCGAGUGAGCUCAUCGGACAGAACUGUUUCUUCCCCGAUGAGUACUUCACCUGCUCCAGCUCCUGUCUUAGUUGCGGGUUUGGCUGCAAGAACAGCAUGAAUCAUUUAGGAGAAGGCGUGUGCCACGAAGCCAAGAGCCGCUGCCGCUACUCCGCCCAGUUUGACAAUCGUAUUUUCACAUGCAAGGCUUGUUAUGAAGGCGGGAAGGAAGUGAUUGUUGUCCCUAAGACCUCUGCGUCCUCGGACUCUCCUUGGAUAGGCCUCGCCAAAUACGCCUGGUCAGGAUAUGUUAUUGAAUGUCCCAACUGUGGAGUGAUCUACCGGAGCCGUCAGUUUUGGUAUGGGAACCAGGAUCCUGUGGAUACGGUUGUUCGCACUGAGAUUCAGCACAUUUGGCCAGGAUCCGAUGGCUUUUUAAAGGACAACAGCAAUGCCGCACAGCGCCUUUUGGAUGGAGUCAACCUAGUGGCUCAAUCUGUCUCAGAACUCAGCGUCAAACCUGCCAAGGCCGUCACCUCUUGGCUGACAGAUCAGAUCGCCCCGGCCUACUGGAAACCCAACUCUCUCAUCAUGGUGUGCCACAAGUGUCACGCAGUCUUCCAGGAUAAUGACACCAAGCAUCACUGCCGCGCCUGCGGGGAGGGCUUCUGCGACGGCUGCUCCUCCAAAGCCGCGCCUGUCCCCGAGAGAGGCUGGGGUCUCGGCCCUGUCAGAGUCUGCGACGUCUGCUUUGAACAGAGAGCUUCGUAUGCAGAGAUCCUUAAAGCAGAGCUCGAGGAGGAAGAAGGCGGAACUCUUGCCAGGAAGGUGGGAGAAGCUGUUACCAAUACCAUCGGGGUUGUGGUCACUGCUAUUGACAUCCCGCUUGGCCUCGUGAAAGAUGCGGCGCGUCCUGCUUACUGGGUUCCCGAUCAGGACAUUCUGUCAUGCCACAACUGCCAACGUGAGUUCACUGCCAAACUGUCCAAGCACCACUGCCGCGCCUGUGGCCAAGGCGUGUGCGACGAGUGCUCGCCGGAGCGCCGAGCGGUGCCGUCGCGCGGCUGGGACCACCCCGUGCGCGUGUGCACCAGCUGCAACCAGAAGCCCGGAGAACUUUGACGACGGAGCCCGCCCGCCCUCAACAGUCUGCCACUGAUGAACCGUACCUCUACCACGUCACGGAUUCUGUCCUGUAUCUGCGGAAAAGAAAACUUCAGGAAUAUGUUUAGCAAAUCUGGGAUCUUAGAGUUCCUGUGGCCUUUGUAGAGCAGCCAGAAUAUUGGGUUAGUUAACAAACUUAGUAUUUUGAUGAAAACAAAAUCCUAGGUUUCCAUUAAAUAAAACAGUCCAACUAUUUUUCUACUUUUAGAAAUUAUUUUAAAAUGCAUCAUUUCAAGACUAAUCGUUAGCUGAGAGUGCUGGUGAGUGAUUAGUUCUUAUCAUGAAGUGCUGUUCCUCUAAGCUUGUACCAGAGAGAUAUUUUGUGUGGGUGCAGGCCUAACUGCAGGUUCCGUUGCAUGCAUGCAUGCAUUGCAUUAUCCUAGUUUUUGCACUUUUUUUUAGCUAUAGCUUAACAUAGCUAAAAUAUAGUAAAGCAGCUUGUUCUGUUGAGCUCUACAAAAGUAGAUAUUAGUUUGGGGAUAUCUGGUGUGCCAAAAAUCAUUCAGGUCACUGUGUCUGUUAUGAUAUAUUUUUUAAAUGUUUGUGACUAUAUAAGGAUAUAAAAGAGUGAAAUGUGGAAGAGUAUUUAUGUAAUGAUGAUAAAAAAAAUCACAAUAUUAAUCAUAACUUAUUAGCCAAGUGUCAUUUGGCCUAUUGUUUGGUAGUGAGCGAUCCAUGGCCUUCUACAUGUCCAGAGGUUAGUCUCUGAAUCAAACCUCAAGCUCUCUAUGACCCAGUGGCAUUUCAGUGUAUAGCUCAAUUGUGUGCUCAUAUUUUAUUUGAAUACUUAUCAAAAUAUGUAGUAUUUGCUCGGGUGUAUGAAUAUCGGCUUUCAGAGUUUAAAGAAUAUUAAAAUUUGUGCUCACAAUCCAUUUGCAUAUUCUGCUCAGGCCUCUGCAGCUUGAUAAGAUAAAGGAUUCAACAUGAUUUAUGUUCUUGUCCAAACACUUUUUUGUGAUCCAUCAUCUAAAAAUAUUGUAUGAUAUAUAUAAAUAUAUAUAUAUACUUUUUUGGUUGUUGUCUGAUAUUCAAAUGUAUUUACUGUCUGUGUAGUAACUGUAUCCAAAAACCUGAUUUUAUUUUUUUCUAUUAGGCGACACAUUAAUUUAAUCUUUAGUUGCUUCAGUGGAAAUGUUGCAUUCUCUAGCAACAAUUUCAGAAAAAGCACAGCCUGUUAGCUUGUAUGUUAUUGUUGAGAACCAAAAAAAAAAGUUCUUUGUUAAAUGUAGCAUUGUUAGAUGAAGCUAAUUCUCUUUUUGCACUCACGAUACACCUCUGAUGUUUUGAUGAGACGCUGUGUCUGCCUGGUUUUAAAAUAGAUUUAUGUUGCCUGAGUUUUCCCCUUCAAACAGUCUCUGAAAUGCUAAUGUUGCACAGGAAAGAAUGGAUGAAACAAUGACUGGAGUUCAUUGUCGCGUGCUGUCUGGUUUCAUUAAAUCCUCCUUGUAGCUUUUGACAGAUA